GAUCCCAAUUUUUACUACACAAUAUGGGUGGACCAGAGUGUAACAUGAGCGUAGAAGAGAAAAACAUGUACAACGCUCAAGUCCUACAAUACUUGGAAGCAUCGUUGCAGCACGCUCCCAGAGCUGUAAUAGAAAACGAAGAAUCGGCAGCUGAAGCCUUCAAAAAACUGAUUCAAAUGUUCGGCAAAAAUGACGUUCAAAAAAUGGUGGAAGUACUGGACAAUUUUGGAAAAAUUACAUUUUACCCGAAGAUGAACCCGGUGAACUUCGUCUCACAAUUUGAAAAGGGAGUUCAAGAAUUCAAGGAACUAGGCUUUCCGUUGGACCCGAAGAUCAUCGUGGGAUAUUUUCUACAUAAAAUCAAGGAUGCUAAUGGUUUCUUGGCGUUUUUCACCACAAUGGCUACACUACCAGAGGAAACGAGGACGUAUGAAUUCGUCAAGAAUGCCUUUCUGGAGGUGGCGAAUAGCCAAUAUUUCAAGGAAGCAGAAAACAAGAAUAGGUCUGAUCGAACAAACAGGGAUGGUUCAAAAAAAGGAGAAGUAUCCAGCUAAGAGGUCUGCUUAUUUUAAAGAGAAAAGGGCAGAAAAGAGUCCUUACACACUGGAUCAGUUGGAGAAAAUCAAGAAAAUGACACCAGCUGAAAAGCUUGAUGCAAGUUGUAGAAAAUGUGGUUUGAUGUUCCACAAGUCAAACACAUGUGUGAACACAGAGAGAUUCUGCUUUUACUGCCAUAAGAAGGGACAUGAAAAGAAGGACUGUAGGAAACUGAAAGAUCAAAAAUCUAAAAAUUAAGAAGAAAGAUCUCCCUGCUCUUUGUAUCGGAUGGCGUUUAUCGAAUUUCAGCAAGAGUAAAUCCUGGUGAUACAAGUAGUAUCAACAAAAUUAAUGUAAAUAAAGAAGAUAGUAUAAAU